GUGCCCCCCGACACGCAGCGGCUGGUAGCCCGUUUUGUGGACCGGCAGCAGCGCUUCGUGGACACCGUCAAGGUGCUGCCCUUCAACAGCCGCGGCGGCGCCGUCUACCAGGAGGUCAAGAUGAUGCGCAAGAAGGAGCCGGUGGAGCUGGACGCCGGCCGCACCAACGCCAUCCCGCUGGGGGAGGCACGUGGCCAGGAGCCCGUCGGAGAGCUCGUCAUCCCCGCCGGCGCCUUCCUGCGCCCCUCCGGGGAGGUCUUCAAGGGCACCGUCAAAGCCAGCGUCACCUUCCUGGACCCAAGGGACAUGGCCACAGCGGGCGCCGCCUCCAGCGACCUCAGCUUUGCCAACGCUGAAGGGGAAAUCGUCCCCCUGCGGACCUACGGCAUGUUCGCUGUGGACUUUCGGGAAGGGGAGUCCAACGAGGUGCUGCAGACGGGCCGGGUGGAGGUCCGCAUGGAUGCAAGGCAGAUCCGGAUGCCAGAGCACCUGCAGAAGAUGAAGCUGUGGUCCUUGAACCCGGAGACUGGCUUGUGGGAGGAGGAAGGCGUCUUCCGCCAGGUCAAGGAGAGGAGGAAGAAGAGGGAGGACAGGACCUUCCUCAUCGGGAACAUGGAGAUCCGGGAGAGGCGACUCUUCAACCUGGACGUGCCUGAGAACCGCCGCUGCUUCGUCAAGGUCCGGGCUUACAGCAACGAGAAGUUCAACGCCUACGAGCAGCUGGAAGGGGUGGUCAUCAACCUCAUCAACCUGGAGCCCCAGCCCGGCUACCCCACCAACCCACGGGCCUGGGGACGCUUCGACAGCAUCGUCACGGGGCCCAACGGCGCCUGCCUGCCCGCCUUCUGCGACGGCGAGCGCCCCGACGCCUACUCGGCCUAUGUGACGGCCACGCUGGGCGGCGAGGAGCUGGAGGCCGUAGCCUCCAGCCCCAAGUUGAACCCCAACGCUGUGGGGGUGUCACAGCCCUACCUGAACAAGCUGGGCUACCGUCGGCUGGACCACGACGAGCCCAGCUUCAAGAAGACGGCCUUCCAGAUCAACGUGGCCAAGCCUGACCCCAACAACAUCGACGAGACCAACGGGCCCAUCUAUCCCUACCGCAGCCUCAAGGAGUGUGAGGAGGCGCCGGCCAGCGCCAACCACUUCCGCUUCUACCGCGUGGAGGUGGACAAGUACGAGUACAACGUGGUGCCCUUCAAGGAGAGCGACCUGACGUCCUGGACGGGUGACUACCUGUCGUGGUGGCCCAACCCGCAGGAGUUCAGGGCGUGCUUCAUCAAGGUGCAGAUCGAGGGGCCGCAGGAGUACAUGGUGCGCUCCCGCAACGUGGGCGGCAGCCACCCGCGCACCCGCGGGCAGCUCUACGGCCUGCGCGACACCCGCAGCGUGCGGGACAUGCAGCUGGAGAACAGCUGGGGCGCCUGCGUGGAGUUCAAGUGCAGCGGGAUGCUCUUCGACCAGAGCCUCGUGGACCGGCUCCAUAUGCGGCUGUUCCGGAGCCCCCCGGGCUCCCGCCUGGGGCCUCUGCCCCGCUCGGCCCCUGCACAGGAAACCGGCUGCUGUGAGGAAACCCCCAAACCGCAGCGGGAGCCGCAGCGCCUGGGCAGGGAGCGCAGGGCUGCGCGGGACGGGGCUGCGCAGCUGCUGCCGCCCCCGGCGCGCGGGGAGGCUCCAGGCCCCUCCCAGAGCUCCCGCAGCAGAGAUUUUUGUCCAGGGAAGCCCAUGGGUCCCGGGGAAGAGAUGCCCACCUGCAAGAGGCCCGUGGUGCUGGCCCUGGUCGCGGCGGGGGUCGCGGUGAUGCUGGUGGUGGCCCUCACCCUGGCGUUGAGCCUGCCGUCCGCGGCGCAGGAGCCUGCGCGGUGCCAGGGCUGCGCAGGGGACACCGUGGGGAAGGACGAGCUGGCCCGGCUGGAGGAGGCCCAGAGGGCCAAGUGGGAGCAGGUGCUGGCAGAGGUGGCCGCGCUGCGCUCGGAGCUGGGGGGUGUCAAAGAGGCCCUGCAGGACGCGCGCCAGCAUGGGGACACGUGCGGGACGCGCUUGGAUUCCUUGCAGAACAAUGUCAUGGCCUUGGAGCAGGCGCUGGAGCUCCUGCAGCGCCGGGACUCGGAGCAGGGGGACGAGGCGGCAGCGCUGCAAGAGGAGCACAGGAGGCUCAAGGAGGACGUUGCCCAGCAAAGGAGCAGCCUCCAGUCGCAGAUCUGGAACGUGCUGAAGGAGCUGCAGGCCCUGCAGAGCCGGCGCUCGCGCGGGAGCCCGGCCGCAGCGCCCAGCAGGGCCGUGUCCCUGGGCCUCGCAGCGCUGGCCCUGGCGGGGACGGGGACGCUGCUCUGCUGA